AUGGCGUCUCUGCGGGGCGUCGGCGGGCGAGGGGCGGUCGUGGCCUUGGGGGGCGACGGGGAGCCGGGCGGCCUCGGGGGCCCGCCUGCCUCCCAGUACGGGAACGGGCUGGGCGGGGGCGGCCCCGGCGGCGAGCAGGGCGGAGGGCUGCGCGAGGAGGACGAGGAAGAGGAGGAGGGCGAGCUGCUGCUGGAGGCCGCCGGCGGUGGGGCGGGGGGCGGCGGAGGGGCGGCGGGAGACCGGGGGGGAGGAGGAGUCGGCGGCGGCCCCAGGGGCGCCCUUUCCUCCUCCUCCGCGGCCUCCCACCAGCCCCGCGCCGGCCAGGCUGGGGCGGGGGUCGGGGCGGCCCACCAUCACCCCCACGCCGAGGAGCUGGAAGAGGAGGCCGGCCUGGGAGAGAGUGACCCCGGGGACUCCGCCAUAGAGGACCCCGAGCUGGAAGCCAUCAAAGCUCGUGUGCGAGAGAUGGAGGAGGAAGCGGAGAAGCUGAAAGAAUUGCAGAAUGAAGUUGAGAAGCAAAUGAACAUGAGCCCUCCGCCGGGCAAUGCUGGCCCCGUCAUCAUGUCUUUAGAAGAAAAGAUGGAAGCAGAUGCCAGGUCCAUAUAUGUCGGCAACGUGGAUUACGGAGCGACAGCAGAAGAGCUGGAAGCCCACUUCCACGGUUGCGGCUCUGUCAAUCGCGUGACCAUCCUCUGUGACAAGUACACUGGUCACCCCAAAGGGUUUGCUUACAUUGAGUUUUCGGACAAGGAGUCAGUGCGGACUUCCUUAGCGCUAGACGAGUCCCUCUUCCGGGGAAGACAGAUAAAGGUGAUACCCAAACGGACCAACCGCCCCGGGAUCAGCACCACAGACCGGGGCUUCCCCCGGACCCGGUACCGAGGGAGAGGAUCCGGCUACAGCAGCUCCCGGGCUCGAUUCUACAGCGGCUUCAGUAGCAGGCCGCCCCGAGGACGCGCGUACAGGGGCCGGGCCAGAUCGACCUCAUGGUAUUCCCCUUACUAAAAACAAAAAAAACAAAAAAAAAUGGUUGUUUUAGGAAGGAGGAAAAAAAAAGAAAAAAAAAUGAAGAUUGUUACCAUGAUGGAAAAAAAAAUACUGUGGGGGGAGGAGAACGUGCAAAACUGUGCAGCAGAAGGGGGCGGGGCUGCUUUCCUUGGGCGGGGGAGACAUAAGUGGGGGGAGGUGUUCUGUGAAUCAGCUUUCACCUACUAGUCUCGGUGGUCCACGCGGCCACGGCCUGCUCUCCCUCUGCCCUCCUUUUCCGCCUGCCGCAAAUCGUCAAAACGUUCACGGAACCACUUUUUUUCCUUUCUGUCGUUGCGGCCUAGCGUUUCUGGGGCUGGGAGGGCAGUUACGAGGAGGGCUGCCUGCCAGUUCUAUACCCCCCCCUUGAAAAAAAUCACACACACACUCUUGUUCUCUUUUUUUUUUUUGGUGCAGCUGUUGUGGUUCUUUUUAUUCUCUGUAUUUCGCUUUCGUUCUCCCCCCCCCCCUCCGCCCACUCCCCCAUAUUGGGUUCUUGUGUGUCUGUGUGCGUGCUCAUUGUGUUCCAGCUCAUGGUGGUUUUGGCGUGGGUUGGGAGGGAGGGUGAUAUGGUGGCUCCCACGAUCAUGUCGCUGCCCCCCCUUUGCCCCUCCCCCCCUGCAAGAGCUCACCACCAUUAAGUUUUAGUUGCCUGUUUUGGCAUGGUGGACUUGGCCUCAGUCAUUCUCAGGCAUGUGAGAAACACGGAGUUCCCGCGUUACCCCUUUCCCUGUGUGGGCUCUUGCCUGUACUGAUGAAUUUGGGUUUUGCACCCUAACCCUUUAUUCUGAAACAAGGUAGGGUGUUCUUUCCUGCAGAAAA